CCUGAUGUUCCACUGACUCCCUGAGCUUAACGUAGGCGAAAGAAAGCGACUCGAGAGCGGAUACACAAAGGGAGCGGAGAGACCUGCAGCAGCAAUGGGGAUCAAACUGUACUACACCACUGUAACUGCCUCUCGGACGGUGAGUCAAGAGUCGAGAGAUUAUCAAACACAACAUUUCAUUGGUCUUUUUUUAUUUUGGCGCUUUUAUGACUGCAGUUCACUACACUCAGUCUAUCAGACACACCCAGCAGCUUCUCAGUAACAGCUUCCUCUCCUGACUAACGGUGCAGAGGGCCUGUGCUGCUCAGAGCCUUUUCUCAUCAUAAUGUCUGUGUUGUCAGGUUGUCGGUGUAAUGACUAUGAUAGGAAUCAAUGCUUAAACGAAAUGGUAGUAAGAGUAAAUAAAGGACUGGCAGAGACGAGCCGUGGUGCACCAUUCUGCCAUCAUGGGAGCUACAUGGUCAAACAGAAUGAAAGAAAGGUGUUCCUGUUUGACAGCAGAAAUAUAGCCUUUAAUUGUACACCGAGUUACUUAUCUGGAACAGUGUUCGGACCAUAGACUUUGGUUCGGCCUGGCCAGAAUAGGCAAGUGUUGCCCAUUGGCUCUAUGUUUCCGCUUCCUGUGAGAGUCAACUCAAACGCUGCCACUUACAAUAGCGUUGCUCACAGCAAACCCACAAUAAACUGUUUCAAGAAUAAAGUUAUAUAUAACACCCCCUUCAAGGGUGUUGUCAGAGGAAAACCAGUGUAUGAAGGAAUGAAUGAACUGUAUCAGACUAUGUCAAAGUCUCUUAGGUUUAUUUCUUUAACAGGCUUAAAGCACUUUUUGUUGAAAUGUCACCCCCUGUUAUUAUUAUUAUUACUUUAUUUUGAUUUUUGUAACUUGUUAAUGUGUUAUGGGCUUGUGCUGUUUCAUCCUCAGAUGAGUUCUGUGAAGAUUGUUAUGUAUUUCAUUUCAAAUUGAAAUGUAGGACAUAUUGUGAAAUAUAAUAGGGUUGCUCAUGGCAAAGAAGCAGAUGUACAGAUCUUGUGUAGGUUAUCGAGCUGUUCCGCGUACGUCUUGUGCACUAAACAACACUUGCAUGAAGGGAAUUUCAUCCUUCCUGGGGGGCAUGACUAACAGUUUUGAAUAUUUCAUUAUGGGAUCACAAACCCGGUUCCAAAAUGUGUAAGAUGCUGAUAAGAAAAGCAAAUCAAUUUAAACUCUAGGGCUGGGCGAUAUGGGAAAAAGUUUAUCACGAUAUAUUUUUUACAUAUCAGUUGAUAUCGAUAUAUAUCAUGAUAUAAAAAAUGAAAUUUAACAGUGCUUAUUGGUAGCAUGUCUUUUGCAAUACAAUAAGCUACCGCAUCUGUGAGGUCUUUGAGUCUCCGACUUUUUUCGUAAGGUGUUGCGUAGCACUCAUUUUCUUUUUUUCUCACCAACAGUGCUGUCGGCUUCAUGUGUUAAAGUGCUAUGGUUGCAUGUAGCUGCAGCCUGCUACUACACAGUUGUUUGCUACUUAGUUCUAAUUCGGUACAUGAUUGGGUCAGUGCGAAGCGGACCCCGAGCAACUCCCCUUUUCACUGGCUAUUUGUAUAGUCUACCAAAACAUGGCAGAAUGCCGGUUAUUGAAAACCAUAUUGACCAUGUUUUAUAUUGAUAUCGAGGGAAAUUAAUUUUCGAUAUAUAUUUUUAUCGUUUUAUCGCCCAGCACUGUUAAGCCCCAUAUUAGCACAACAAUUUUGCCAAGUAAAAAUACAAAAUGUUCAAACUGGAAUAGGCUAUUGUAUUUUUGUUUGAAAAAUGUAACUUUGAUGCGAGCAGCAUGUUUCACAGAAUUUGGGGCAGGGUUAUGGCUUUCUUUGGAGUGAAGGCCAGUUUCUCAUGUUUUGACAGAGAAAUUUCGUCCCAUUCUUGCUUGAUGUAGGUUUCAGCUGCUCAAUAGUUCGGGGUGUUUUUCAUCUCAUGUUUUAUUUCAUGAUGCAUCAGAUGUUAUCAGCGGGCAACAAGCGUGUAGCACUGCAAGCCAGUGUCAUGUUCUGCAGAGCCAUGCUGUUCGUGCAAAAUGUGGCUUGAUAUUGCCUUGCCGGGAUAUGCAGGGUCUUCCUUGCAUAUCCCGGCAAGGCAAUAUCUAAUCUAACUAAUUUUGAGAGACCUGAAACAAGCAACUCAUCUAGAGAUUUAGCUGUACACUUUCCCUUUAGAAGGUAGAGUGUGGACACUACACACUUGGUCUAAAGUACGUAGGCUGUACAUGGGCUUCACUCAGUGGUGAAGUUCUAAAUGUUGGUUAGUAAUCUAUUGUAAUAUACAAUCAUAAUUUGCUGUUUGUUUAGUUUUGUUCAUUAGUUGUAAUAUUGACAACCCUGCCAAUAGCUGACAUUGACUCUCUUGUCUGUGUUUUCUGUGUAAUGUAUUUAUGAGUGUGUUGACUCAACGGUUGCCUAGUACUUUAUAUGUCGUCAGAUUUCACAGCAGUGAUUAAUUAAUCUGUUAUGUAUGUGGGAACUCAUCAGCAUGAGGUCUUUUAGCAUAGCUUUCACUUUUAUUAAUAGCUUGCAGCACAUUUCAAAAAAACAUUUUUUUGUAUAAUAUGCCUGAGCAAGCGAAAUCAACACUGCCUGCAGACCUCAAUUCGCUGAUAAGGUGAAACAAAAUACUCAGCGCUUGAUAUAAAAAUUGUUUGGUGUGAGCACUGGAUGAAACAUCAGAUAACAAUUAUACGUGAGGAAUUCAUAUAGUGGUUGUAGUGGCAUGUAUUUUUCUCACGAGAAAGAAGUUCUCUCCCUUUUUAUUCUAGUUAAAUAACGAAAAAUAUACGCAAAGAUGAAUUUGAAUUACUUCAUAAGCCUCCAGUAUGUAUGUAUGCAUGCAUCAGCUGAUUUUUUCAUGUAUUUAACAUAAGUCUUAAGGCUGUGUCCAUACCAUCCUACCUACUCCAAAACCUCUGUUAUACAAAUGCUUUUGUUUCAUACUUUUUCAUUAUAUGUGUUAAAGUUGACUUUAAACUUAUGAAUUGUCUCUGUCAGCUGCUUGAACUCUGAUCCUUACAUGACUAAAGAGAAGAUUUUUAACUGUGAAGUUGUUCUGAAAUUAUGGCACACAUGUAAAAGAAGUUCCCUUUUCAUUUUAAGUGUAUAAUGCUGGCCUUACAAACACUGUGUGUGGUUUAUCAAUGUCUGCUUGUAAGUUAACGUUCCUGUAAGUUCUGUGUUUAGGUGUGGUUACACUUCUGCAGACACCCCCUCCCAACUUCCUCAGUUGCUCAGAGAGAUAGCAGAGGGUUUACGGGUCUAUUAAUCAUUACCCUAGUGUUAGAUAACUGCCGCUUUUAAAGGCAAACCUCCAAAAAAUCCCAUAGAUUGUUUUUCUUUCCAACCCGAGUUUUUUCCCUGAGGAGAAAUAUUCCAAGGUUUAUUUAAACAGUCCAUCAUGGUUGUUGGGUUCCCCUUUUUUCCUCGUGAUUUUCCGUCAGAAUAACAACAGUUGCUAGAAUAGACAAAAUAAGAUAAUUUCAGGACACGAUAUGUGAUAGCAGGCAUGCAACAGCUUCAUUUCUGGUUCUAAUGUUGAGUCAGAGUCUUUAACAGGCACUGUUGUUUUUCAGGUGAAGUCUCAACAGGCCGAGGUGAUAAGAAUCCUUGAAAGUAAAAGCAUCCAGUAUGAGCUCAUCGACAUCUCUGUAGGCGGGGAGCUUCGUGAUGAAAUGAGAAGUAAAGCGGGAGACCCCUCGGCGGUCCCACCCCAGCUUUUCAAUGAAGACCAGUACUGUGGGGUGAGGAAAGCAUGCACAUAUUUCACACUAUUGUUCUGUGAAGCCCCCUGCAGUGUAUUGUGGUAUUACUUUACAAUAACUAACCUCCCUUAUCUCCUGAUGCCCAGAACCACUAAAUAGUACAUCAUGAUCUUUAGCACAUAGGGACUCUACUUUUGUCCUCUGUUAAAUCAAAAUUAAAGCUUUUACUAAUAGAACACAUUUCUCUGUAUAUAUUUCAACUGUUGAAGGAACUCUUAGGUCUUAUUUUGCUCAUAGUUCUCUUAUAAUAAGUGGUUAAAAAAGUUGAAAAAACAUUGAACAACUCUGAGGAACAGCUUGCAGAGGUGUAAGCUGCAAGUCAGACAAAGUUUUAAGGUUGUGCUUUGGGAAGUUUUCCAUUAAGCAGGGCAACUUAAUGUAUCUGCCAUUUAUUCUUAUAUAAUGUAAUUACUCAAGUGUGGCCAAAAUUAUUGCUGUUAUAGGAAUAGGGAACAGGAAAGCAGAACUACCAAAAAUAAACUAUGACCUAUUGCAACAGAACAGACAAAACAGGGACUACGCCUGUGAUCUGGAACAUUUGAAUCGACAUACACUCCUGCCAAGAAUACAUUAAGCUUGGCUCCCUGAGAAAAAAAACAGCUUCUUUUACCACUUACACUUGGUUUUCUCUGUCCUGACACGGUUCCCAAGAGACUGGAGGGGAGAUUGAUGGAGGGUUAAAUGGGCAGAAACAAGAGAAACCAAGCGGAGGUGCUAGAUUACUUAAUCAGGCUUGCUUUUCAUUUUAAUAUGUUGGCAGGCACAUAAUAAUGAUAUACAUAUUCUUGCAUAACAUUGCUUUGAUAUGCAGUUUUGUUGAAAAAAUGGUCUCAAUGUGCCAGAGAUAAAAUAGAACGAAAUAGCAUGAAAUUGCAUGAAUGCCUCAAAAGUAAGUAUUUUUGUCACUGUCAAAGUGCUCCUUGUGUUAAACAUUUAAAGGUUAGAUAUGAAAUUAUUGUGACCCAAAACAGAGAUGUAAAGGUCCUUAUACACCGGGAACGACGCAAAUAUUCGACACAAAAUUACGAAAUAUCCGGAGGCGAAUUUUGAUGCGCCUGACUAUACACAUCAAGUGUAUAGUCAGGCGCGGGGGGAAAAAAGAUGCGUCCCGGGUGGUAGCGAGAAGACAGACACAACAGCAGACUGACUGUUUUUGAUUAGAUUCUGAUUAGACACUAGUGUUGAGAUGACUGUCUGUCAUGAUAGCAUGUACUGAGUCGGGGCCAGUACCAGAUAAGCACAUUAAACUAUAAUCCAUAAACGUGAGGUAACAACCGAGACCUAAUGGUGCUGUGACAGCAACGCGAUUGGGUUUGAGACAGUGAAAAUACAUAUGGUAUGUUGUAUCUGAACAGGUUAGCUUACAAGCUAAAGUUACUUAUCACAGAUGAUAGUUAAAACAAAGACGUUAGCACACAAACCAUCGUCAUAUGAAAAAUCUGACGCUGACUCUCCACAAGUUGUCCUUCAGGUCGUUUUCUUUGUAAUAUUUGUGUCUUUUAUCAAAAAGCACUCUGUUCUCUGACACGUAAACAAUCAGCCGGUCGGCCAUGUUCGAUAUACCGGUGAAUCCAACAUCGCAACAACACGAAAACUGAUUGGUCAGAGGUGGACACACAGUAUGCGAAACUUGAGAAAAUUCGACCGUGUUACGAAAAAAUAAAUGCCGCAGUAUCGCAGGACGGGAAAAUGCUGCUGAUGUGAACGCUUGUAUUGGCAAGAUACAGGUUCGAAAAAAAAUAUUGACGUCCGAAAUAAUUGUACGAAAAAAACGCUCCUGGUGUGUAAGGACCUUAAGAGUGUCAGUACUUGACAAAAGGUCAUCAGGGAGCCAGAAAACAUUGCCAAAUUGCCAAAUUCAGUAGCUUUUUUUUUUUUUUUUUUUUUUUUUGCAAGUCAUUGUGCUACAAAGUUCUCCCUUUAAACUCUCACUGUUAUCUGACCACUGUUUUUUCUUUGUUCUCCACAGAACUAUGAAAUGUUUUCCGAGGCCGUGGAAGCAGAUACAGUGGAACAAUUCCUGAAAAUGGCAUGAGGAGGGAAAAAUGUAAUCUCCAUUCUAACCACAUUCCCCUUACUUCCACCCCACCCACCUGGUGCCCUCAUGAAGGCCCCUUAACCAGUCUCUCUGUCUGCACCACUGGCAGUGUACACCUACUUUCAAUGCCAUAAUGAAUUAUGCCAAAUAUCUCAAUCAAACCAAUCAGAAGACACACAUUCCCCUUCCUGCAUCAUUAGUCUCUAAAUCAGUCUUAAUUUGUUCCACUUUUAUUAUGUGUUUUUGUCUCUUUUCCUUUUAUUUCUGUAGUCACUUUCCCUGUCUGACAGAUUAGUCUACUAGGAAUUAACGGGGUGUCUAAAUUGCACAGUAAUUAGGUCAACUAAUCUUGGCUGUGACCACAUGAUCACCUUGAGAUUAAACUAAUCCAUGGAAUGACAGCUUUCACCCCAGAAUCUUCCUCAUCCUCUGCAGACUAAACACACCACCACCGUCAUCAUCACUCAAUCUUAACUACUUUGUGUUACCGUCUGCAGCCUUCAGGUUCCCAUGUUGAAUAUGACUGCACACUUUUUGUAACUUUACAUGGAUGCAAACAUAUACAGGAGUAGCAGUGACUGUAAUGUCCUUUAAAAUCAGUGAAGUACAAACAAAACAAAACAUCUGCUUUGCUUAAAACUCUGUAAUUUUGGUCCACCGGUCAUUUUCGAUUGGAUUUUAAAGAAAGGCCACAAUUAACAUCGUUCACAAGUAGCCUUUUUCGGUCACUAAGAAGUCAAAAAGUAUAAUUCAGGGCAAACACUGAAGGAAGUAAUUACUGUAAUGAACGAACAAAUCUUAGGUUUACAAGAAGUCUUUCUGAGCAGAAGUGAUAGUCCUUGAGGUCCACCAAACCUGCUUAGAUUUUACCCUUCUUUACUUCUCCAAGACGAUUGUCGAAAUAUCAAAAACAUGCAGUUUACAUCCUUGCUUGAUAUGUUGCAGUCCUCUUUCUCUCUUUCUUAAUGAUCCUUCCUCUUUAUCAAUGGGAGGAGAGUGAAUUGGCUGUUUACAUAACACAAACAAAACAGGGACCUACUUGAGGAAACGUCGCUGUAUAGCACUGCUAGUGGUCAAAAACUAUACAGGGUACCCCUCCACAAAGCGUAUUUGUGAUCAUGUCUGACAAAUAAGAUAAUAGAUACAUCAGUGAAACCUGUAGCAAACAAAAAGGCACAAUGUCUGUAAGGUUUUGUCAUGCGCUUAAUAAUAUUAUGGCAAUACUGCUCCAUAGAAACCCCCCUUCUAGUGUUUAGUAUCAAAGUCCGCCCCAUCUUUUCACCGAUACUGAGAUUAUUUUUAUUAAAAUGGUCACUGAUGGACCAGAGUUAUAAAUAAGGUUUAAGUACAUCUAAAGAAAACAGAAAGAGAACAUUUCUCUGCUUAGCUGCUUAAUCUUAGCCUCUUGUGGAGCAGGAUGAACACAUUUCUGAAUGUCACAUUUGUUGCCAAUAUAUACAGCUGUCCCAUUUGCUGGUGGAUAUUCUCUGGAGUAUGAGCACUUUCCUGAUAUCCUGUACAUUCCUUAUAUUCUGCAUAACUUGAAAGCUUUGAAUUCAGCACCAAUGACAAGACAAUAUACACCAAACAUUUAGCAGUUAACUUUUCAUAUGGAUUGCAUAAAAUAGCAUGAAGAAAAUGGGAAACUUGCAGCUUUCAACGAUGUCACUUUUUCUUUCACUGUUGUUUUUAUGUUGCAGUUUCUGUCAUUGUCCUGACUGUAAAGAUGCAGUUAUUUUUGACUUUAGAGAGGAAACCUGCCUCUUAAAAUUGACAUAAAGGUCAAAGCCGGUGUGUUUGAUUCAGUCUUACUAGCCUUAGGAACCGCUGACCACAUGGGAAAAAUGAAGGCUUCACUUAAUCGUGCUUUUACUUUUUUUGUGCAUUCGUUUAGUUGUUACAUCUCAGUUGAAUAAGCUGUUGAUGUCCUUGGUUGCAUAUCUUUUUUUUUUAUUAUGAAGAACAACAACAUGGUAUGAUAUCCCACCUUUAUCAUCCCUUCCCUGCUUUCAAAAUUGUAUUGUUACAGUUUGGAAUGACAGCCUUCACACACAAUGUUUGUGCACUGUUUUGUAAGUCGAUGGUUGUAGAUGUUUGCCUGUUAUUGAUGUAUAUUCACUAUCAACCAUGUUUAAGACAUUCCAUGUCUCUCUCUGAGCGCCUGCUUUGCUUUUGGACCAAUUCCCCUUGGCCAAAAAAAGAAGAAAAUAGGGAAUAAAAUGCUGUUGUCUUCCAAGAAGAUUGUGAAAAGUGAUUUAUGGGUGAAUAAAAUAACGGAGUUGAAUCAA